AAAAAGGGUCAUACUGUUUUUUGUUUACAUUGAAAUUGUUUUUAUUUUACUAGAAUUAAAGCAUGGUUUGCGCUUUGGGCAUUGAAGGCAGUGCCAAUAAAAUAGGCAUAGGCAUUAUAAAGGAUGGUGAAGUGCUGGCUAAUGUACGGAGAACUUAUAUAACGCCACCAGGAGAAGGUUUCCUGCCCAAGGAGACGGCCAAGCAUCACAGAGAAGCUAUCCUGGGCUUGGUGAAGGCCAGCUUAAAGGAGGCCCAACUUGAACCCUCGGAUCUGGAUGUGAUUUGCUAUACAAAAGGGCCAGGUAUGGCCCCUCCUCUGCUGGUAGGAGCUAUUGUGUCCCGUACGUUGUCGCUUUUGUGGGACAUUCCUCUCCUGGGCGUGAACCAUUGCAUUGGACACAUCGAGAUGGGUCGUCUGAUCACCGGUGCGCAGAAUCCCAUUGUGCUCUAUGUAAGUGGUGGAAAUACCCAGGUUAUUGCCUACUCCAAUAAGCGAUAUCGCAUCUUUGGAGAAACCAUCGACAUUGCAGUGGGCAAUUGCCUGGAUCGAUUUGCCCGCAUCAUCAAGCUGUCCAACGAUCCCAGUCCGGGUUACAACAUCGAGCAGCUUGCCAAGCAAAGCAAUCGUUAUAUUAAACUACCCUAUGUGGUCAAAGGCAUGGAUGUGAGCUUUUCCGGGAUUCUGUCCUACAUCGAAGAUCUGGCUGAACCGGGAAAGAGGCAGAAUAAGAGGAAGAAGCCGCAGGAAGCGGAAGUAAUAGAUUACAGCCAAGCGGAUCUUUGCUAUUCGCUGCAGGAGACCAUAUUCGCUAUGCUGGUGGAGAUCACAGAGCGAGCUAUGGCCCACUGUGGCUCCAAUGAGGUCCUUAUAGUUGGGGGCGUGGGCUGCAAUGAGCGACUUCAGGAGAUGAUGCGUAUUAUGUGCGAAGAGCGUAAUGGAAAACUCUUCGCCAUCGAUGAACGUUACUGCAUAGACAACGGUUUGAUGAUUGCCCACGCCGGAGCAGAGAUGUUCCGUUCUGGCACCCGGAUGCCCCUGGAAGAGGCCUUUGUGACGCAGCGUUUCCGCACUGACGAAGUGCUAGUCAGCUGGCGCGACGACUAAUCGAAAAAUAACUUUACAGUGUGCUUCGUUUGUUUAUUAAAUACCUAAUUUCCAUAA